GCGGCGGCGGGGGCAGCCGGGGAGAGUGGGGAGCCCGGCUGACAGCCAGAGGAGCAGGCAGGGCGGAAGGAGGAAGCACCGCGGAGGGCUGACCGGGCACAGCUGCGAGCGUGGGUCAGAGCGAGGACGCGGGCCAGCGCGGUCCGGGCCGGGCAUGCGGCGGGCGCUGGCCGCGCCGCCAGCCGGGGAGUCGGGCUGCGUGACCCAAGCGCGGAGCAGGAGCCCGGGCGCACGGCCGCCGGGGGAAGAGGACGGCGGCCGCCGGGGCAGGCGCGGCGCGCGGCGCAGUUGCAGGACUGGCGCGGAGCCCGGCGCCCGGGUCCCGCGCGGAGCGCAGCGCAGACAAUAAAGUGGCAGCGACAGCCCCGCGCGCCGGAGAGAGGGGGCGGCCGAGCAGGCUCUGACCUGGAGCCCAGAGGGAGGAUGCGCGCCAGGAAAAGAUGACGCCGGCCCGCAGCCCCCGAAACCCGGAGCCCAGCGCCACAGGCACGAGGAGGUCAGGCAGCGGGACAAGCGCUCGUUGAAGAUGACAGAGGGCAGGCACUGCCAGGUGCUCCUGCUGGACGACAGAAGGCUGGAGCUGCUGGUCCAGCCCAAACUUCUGUCAAGAGAACUGCUGGACCUGGUGGCUUCCCAUUUCAAUCUGAAAGAAAAGGAGUACUUUGGAAUCACGUUCACAGACGACGCUGGUCAGCAGAACUGGCUGCAGUUGGACCACCGAGUUCUGGACCACGACCUGCCCAAGAAGCCGGGCCCAGCCGCCUUGCACUUCGCCGUCAGGUUUUACAUCGAGAGCAUAUCGUGUUUGAAGGAUAAGACGACGGUGGAGUUGUUCUUCCUGAAUGCAAAGGCCCGCGUGCACAAGGGGCAGAUCGAAGUGGACAGCGAGACCAUCUUCAAGUUAGCAGCCCUGGUUUUGCAGGAAGCCAAGGGAGAUUACACAAGUGACGAAGAGGCCCGGAAGGACCUGAAGACCCUGGCGGCCUUCCCCACCAGAACCCUGCAGGAGCACCCCUCUCUAGCUUACUGUGAGGACCGGGUCAUCGAGCACUAUCUCAAAGUCAGAGGCCUGACCCGGGGUCAAGCCGUGGUUCAGUAUAUGAAGAUCGUAGAAGCCUUGCCAACUUACGGGGUCCAUUACUACGCAGUAAAGGAUAAACAAGGACUUCCUUGGUGGCUUGGCAUCAGCUAUAAAGGCAUCGGCCAGUACGACUUACAGGACAAGGUGAAGCCUCGGAAGUUGUUCCAAUGGAAGCAGCUGGAGAACUUGUAUUUCCGUGAGAAGAAGUUUGCUGUGGAGGUUCAUGAUCCACGAAGGAUUUCGGUGUCUAGAAGGACCUUUGGGCAGAGCGGCCUCUUUGUGCAAACCUGGUAUGCGAACUCCUCUCUCAUCAAGUCCAUCUGGGUCAUGGCCAUUAGUCAGCAUCAGUUCUACCUGGACCGCAAGCAGAGCAAAGCAAAAAUUCCUUCAGCCAGGAGUUUAGACGAUAUUGCAAUGGAUUUGACAGAGACUGGAACACAAAGGGUAUCCAAGCUGGUGACCCUGGAGGCAAAGGGUCAGUUCAUCAUGGCCAGCAAUGGCAGCCUAAUAUCCUCAGGUUCUCAAGACUCGGAAGCCAGUGAGGAGCAGAAGCGGGAGAAGAUCCUGGAGCUCAAGAAGAAGGAGAAGCUGCUGCAGGAGAAGCUCCUGAAGAAGGUGGAGGAGCUGAGGAAGAUCUGCCUGCGCGAGGCUGAGCUCACGGGCAAAGUGCCCAAGGAGUACCCCCUGAACGUAGGCGAGAAGCCUCCCCAGGUCCGGAGGCGUGUGGGCACCGCCUUCAAGCUGGAUGACAACUUGCUGCCCAGCGAGGAGGAUCCAGCUUUGCAAGACCUGGAGAGCAACUUCCUGAUACAGCAAAAGUUGGUCGAAGCUGCAAAGAAACUUGCCAAUGAGCCAGACCUGUGUAAGACAGUGAAGAAAAAACGAAAACAAGAUUACACAGACGCGGUGAGAAAGCUUCAGGAGAUCGAAAAUGCCAUCAACGAGUACCGGAUCAGAUGUGGAAAGAAACCCAGCCAGAAAGCCACGGUCAUGGUCGCAGAUGACAUCAUCCCCUCAGAGAGCAGCUCCUUGUCGGACACCCCCACCUACGACGAUCCCAAUGAUGCCUUCACUCUUUCUGGGCAGCGACCAAGUUCAGUACCUCACUCUCCAAGAAUUCUUCCCCCCAAGUCUCUCGGUGUUGAGCGAAUCCACUUCAGGAAGUCGUCCCUCGGCGAGCAGUUCGUGGACGCCAGGCAGUCCAGAGAAAUGCUGUCCGCACAGAGCAGCCCCUACAAGACUCUGGAGAGGCGGCCCCCAGGGGGACGCAGCAUGCCCACCACGCCGGUCCUCACCCGCAACGCCUACAGCAGCAGCCACCUGGAACCACAGGCUUCAUCUCAGCACUGCCGCCAGCGGAGCGGGAGCCUCGAGUCCCGGUCCCACCUGCUGUCUGAGAUGGACGACGACAAACCAUUUCUCUCCCUCUCCAAAUCCCAAAGAAGCAGCAGCACCGAGAUCCUGGACGACGGGUCUUCCCACACCAGCCAGUCCAGCUCCGAGUACUACUACGGGCCGCCCGCUGGCCCCUGCUACGCCACGCAGACCCUGGACACCCGUGCCCGGGGCCGGAGAAGGUCCAAGAGACAGAACGUGGGCACGUCCAGCUCGGGAAGCAUGCCCAACCUGGCUCAGAAGGACAGCUCGCACAACGGCGUGCCCUGCAGGGGCCCCGAGCUGCCCGCGUCCAGCUACUACAUCACGGCCUCCACGCCCUAUGCUGAGGGUGACCUGUACUACGGCGGGGGCUGCGUCUUCGAGAGCGACACAGAGGGACAGUACAGCCUCAACCCCUCCUACCGACCCUCCGCCCACUACGCGUAUGAGCGCCAAAGGGACUACUGCAGGUCCUUCCACGAGGACGAGGUGGACCGUGUGCCCCCCAACCCUUACGCCACCCUCCGGCUGCCCAGGAAGGCCGCCGUGAAGUCCGAGCACAUCACCAAGAACAUCCACAAGGCCUUGGUGGCCGAGCACCUGCGUGGCUGGUACCAGCGCGCCUCCGGGCAGAAGGACCCUGGGCACAGCCCGCAGGCCAGCUUCGACUUGGACAGGGGGUCCCCGCGAUGCCUGGGGUUCACGGGGCUGCAGGUACCCCGCUCCCCAAGCAGUCGUGCGUCCUCCUACUCCUCAGUGUCUUCUACAAAUGCUUCUGGGAACUGGAGGACCCAGUUAAGCAUAGGGCUAUCUGAAUACGAGACUCCAGCACCUUCCUACACCAGCUGCUACGGCACCGGCUACCACCCUUUGCCCUCUCCCAACAGGCAGUACCCAGAGGGCCGCCGGCUGGACGGUGCAGCUGGGACCCGGCUGGAGGGCGGCCUGGAGAGCGGGCAGCAGAGGCUGUACUGGCACGAAGACUCAAAGCCUGGGACGCUAGUCUGACCUGCCGUCGGGGCUCCUGGCCGCGCCUGCGUCUCACCCUGGUGUGCCUUGCAAGAUGUGCGUGUCUGCCCCGAGGCCGUGGGCUCCAGAGACCCAGGGCGCCCGGCUGAAGGCUCAGGCUGCCUGCACACCACCCUCUGCGCCCCAGGCACCCUUCUCCAGGUCUGGGCCCCCGGGGCCCUUGCAGGACAGGACUCCGCUGGAUGCCCUUCCCCUCAGCUCGCCCUGGGGAAGGGAGCGAAUCGUUGAAGGCAGACCUCAAAACUGUGACUGCAUUCAGGGAGGGCGUCCCGGCGGGCGGGAGGCUUCAGAGCACAAUUGGGAAUGAGGAGGGGCGGGAAACCGGGGUCCUGGGCCGCGGCUCAUCAGCACCUGUGACCCGUGAGCCCCGGAGCGGAGCGUCCACAGACACGGGCCAUUAGACAGUAUUGGAAAAUUACUUGAAGAGAAGCUGGGUUUCGGUGAAGUUGCGAAUGUGUGCAAAUGUUUUAGGCUAUUAUGAGGAGUGACUUUUCACAAGCACCGUGACAUGGUGACAUGAGCUCUAGACAGACACGGCCCUGGCAUCCUGCCGGGUGACUUCCUGGUAGCAACUGGGGAAACGCAGCAGCCCGCUGGCCACCUGAGUGCUUGGAGGGCUUCCUAAGGUACCGAGUCCCCAGCACCUGUUUCCUUCCCGCCCCCUCCGGUGUGAUGAGCUGUUCUUCUUCGGGCCGGGGACUGUCCCCCUUGCCUGUCCCAUGAAGUUGUAGACCCAAUGCAGUACGUUUUCAUAAUCAAGAGUUUGAAGAGUGUUUUAGGUGAUACCGAAAGGGCCCCAGACAAUAACCAAACCAAACCGAACAAAGCCACAUCAUCGUAGGUGAACUGCGUGCCUUAAGAUGGCGAACCUUAGGGAAUUCGGGAGCCCACCAGCUGUUCCGCGUCACCCAGUGGCAAAAAUGAGAUUAGCACUAAAAGAAAAAAUCCCUUGCCGUUGCGUAGAUUGAACUAUGAGGCUAGAGCUACCUCAUGCCUUCCCAGGAAGAACCGAUUGGCUGUGUUUUAUCGUGGGGUGGGUUGGUUGGUUGAACAAUUGAUUUCCGUCUUCCAGACCUCUCCUUGUCACCCUGACUGGCGUCACAGUCCCAUCAAAAGGUGCUCCUGGACCCUCCCCUUUUAUACCCGUUUCCUGUUCAUAUUGUGAAUAGAAACGUUUCUGAACAACUUUUUUGGAACAUUUUCUACCUAUAUUCCAAAGCAUGUAAUAUAUACAUAAAAAUGAUUUGCUAAACUGGUCCUUAGUCAUUUGUAUCAUUAGAAAUGAAGUCUGGGGGAAAAUUUGGAAAAAAACCACAAGCAAAAAAUAACUUAUUCCUUUUUGCAUAUUUGUAUAGCCUUCUAGAUGCAGAAAUGCCUUUUUGCAUAUUCUUUUACUGUUCUGACUUUUUAAGACCUAUUAUUUUUUUACGUAGGUCAAUAAACUAAAGGUGUGCUAC